AUGUCUCCCAGGACCAGCAACGAGCCCGAGCGGGUUUCUCUCACUCAAUCCAGACAGACCUCCCUGUUCUCAGGAUUGCCCAAUAUGGCCUCAAGAACCUUCCAGGAUGAUGACUUGUCAAGCCAAGACACCUCGUCUUUGUGCUCUCUUCACACAGCCCAUGGAAACCCCCAGGAUAUGAAAGACUGGAGCUUGAACACUUCAGAAUCUCUCGAACAGGCCAUGUCUUCCAAGGAAUCUCCCCAGGUGCAAAUGCUUUCUUUCUCGCUGUCUCAGCAGCUCAUGACCCCCACGGUCGGACCUAGUGAUGUGAUGUACACAGGCGUGGACUUCCCAGCAGUCUCAGACCUGCAUGAUCAUGAAAUGCCUCGGGAUUUUUACUCCUUUGUGGAUCUUUCUUCCAUGGAUAAUGAUGUCUGCGUGCAAACGAGCACUCCGGAUGAUGCUCUGUCUGUCGCGCACAGUUCCCACACUGAUGAUGGCCACUUGAUUGCCGGUCACGAGUCAUGGAAUGCUAUGAUGGCUGAUGGCCAGUACCCUGGAACCACCCUGGAUCACCUUUCUUCCAACCUCUUCCAGACCAUGCCGGUCUCUCCACCCUUGACGGAAGCCAGUACUGAUAUUCCCAUCACCUCUGCUUGCUCCCACUCUGGAUUCCCUUCUUUCCUGGCUCAUGAUGACUCUCUCCUCGGAGACUACACCACAUCCCCCAUUGGCAACCCGAUCAUCAACCCUGCAGAGCCUCUGCUCCCAAACACGACGCCUCUGAGCGAGAAGGACCCAAACAGAACCAUCCGGCCCUCUAAGCAGUCUCGCCGUGGAACUUUGCCCGCUUCCCAAUCUCAGGUCAAGUCCGAGGCCGAAUUCUUCCCUCAGGUAAAGGCCGAGCAGGAUUUCUUCCCUCCUCUGCCCGUCAGAGAGCCAGCCCGGCAAAGAUCCAAGGACAGUGCCGAGGCCCGCAACCCACGAGACCACCAAUUCUACCAUCUUGCCCCCCAGAAUGAUGGAAAGUACCACUGCCCAUAUGCCCACGGAGAGAAGCCGUGCAACCACACUCCUACCACCCAAAAAUGCGCUUACCAGCAAGUACCCCUUGGCCCAUUGUGGGCAUUUGAUCCCCGUAAAAUCAUUGAUCCAAUAUCUAACCGACUCAACAGCAAAUACCUGGACUCCCACCUGAAGCCCUACCGGUGCAAGCACACCUCCUGCGUGGACAACAUGCUGCGUUUCUCCUCUAACGCAUGCCUCUUCCGCCACGAGCGCGAAGCCCAUGGAAUGCACGGCCACGGAGAAUGCCCCCAUCUGUGCCUGUUCGAGGGAUGUGAGCGAUCCGUACCUGGAUUUGGAUUCCCCCGUAGAUGGAACCUGCACGACCACAUGAAGCGUGUCCACGACUACGUUUCCUGCGAGCGUCCCGCUUCCCAGCCCACUUCCCAGCCCAGCUCUCCCGAGACUUCGCCCGGUGCUCCACCCAAGAAGAAGGAUUCGUCUGCUGCCAGCCGCAAGAGAAGAGGGGUUACGGGCGCCACCCCGGCCCCGACUAUGAAGCGUACCCGCUCUGUUCACUCCCAGGCCGGUUCCAACAAGGCUUCCCAGGCUACUGCCCAGAACGGCCAGCGUCUCCAGAACGCCGAGCGGAACUACUACAAGUGCCGCGCCCGUCUGGUCGAUGAACUCGCCAAGAUUACCCCCCAGGACACCUCCAUGCAUGAGAAAGUCAACGCCAGUCUGCAGGAACUGUACACCCUGGGUCUGCAGUACCGCCACCUCGAGGCCGGCAAUGCCGCUUCCAAGAUGCCCAAUGGACUUCCCGCGUGA